UGGAGCGGGGCCAGGGGGAGCCGGGCAGACUCACCCCAGGAUGUGGACCCUGAGUGGGGGGAGAGAGAGAGGCUGCUCUGGCUCAGUCACAUGAGGGCUCCACCACUGGACAGCCAGGGCAACAUACUGCCCCCUGGUGGCUUUAAAAUGCGUGGACGAUGUGGGCCACAGACAGAGGACUCUCAGACUUCAGGAAAGACACACACCUCCACCACCCAAAGCCUCCCCCUGCCGCCUCUCCUCAUGCUCCGCAGACACACCCUCUGCCACCGGUUACCUCGGAAACGACCCCCGGAGCACCUGAGUUGCCCCAUGAAGGGCGGAGCAAAGGCUUCCUGAACACUCACCCUGUCAGGAAAGACUACUGACUCUAUCUUCAUCAUCGUCUGUGUUGCAACCUUCUUUGUUUAAUAGACGGCAGUCCAGUGAACCAUUUCAAUUUGUGGGGGUUGUUCAAUGGAAGUUUCAAUGGAACUUCAAUGGAAGUUACAAAUAUUUUGGGGGGCUGUGGGCCACUCUGUGUGGCUAUCAUGACUACAGGGUUUACUGUAAACACAUGUCACUGUGCCUUUUGCUUUGUGUGUUAUGUUAAACCGUAAAAAAAUUAUAAAAAAAUAGGUUGAUUCAACAUACAAUUGUAAGGCAACCAGCUGCAAUAGGAUUGUGAGUUUGCUCAACAAAAUGUUCACACAAACCUAUGCUAUUCAAGUUUCUAUUGCAGCCUUACAAUUGUAGAUUGAAUCAACAUAUUUUUAUUUUAUUUUACAGUGUACCUUUUGCUUGUGGGUUCUGCCUCCUUACUCACGGUGUAAGUGACUUUGGUCCAGUGUUAUCACUAGCAACACAACAGCAUGGAGGAGUUCACUGCAGGCAACAUGUAUUUUAUCCUCUCCAGACUCCAACCAAUGACUUGGUCUGAAUUUAAUGGAAAAUCUAAACACAAGCAGCAUGUUGUAGGCCUACACACAGUAUAGGGUCCUUUCCUUAGGAUUUACAAUAAAUGUGGAUAUAUUUGAGGUAUUAUGACAGGCCUAAGGUUGUAUUUAUUAUGCCAACAUUGCAACCCUGGUGUUGAAAAUGAACACAUACUGGCAGAGUGAAAAGGGUCAUCAGGGUCACAAACAUAGACAGUCAAAUCUGUCAUCAUUUUGGAAUGUGGAAGGUGUGUGGGUACUUAGCCUACUGUACAGACCAGACCUCUGCUCAGACCCUCCCUUACCUGAGUUUUUUUAUACUUAAAAAAGAAGAGGUUAUUUAGUUCAGUAACCACAACACAAGUCCAGUUAUGGCCGAGAAAUCUGAACAGACUGACGCCCCUUCUUCUCCAGAUAAAGACCUAACAUUACCGGUCAUGUUUCCCAAACCGCACACAGAAGAUGAGGGGGAUGCUACUACCUUCUCAUCGUCGACAUGGAACCCAAACCUGUGGAAGAUGUUGCAUGCAGCGGAGACCAGAUGGAGCGAGCAGUCUCAACCGCCCAACAGAAACGGGGCGGAGGCGUCCGUUGGGGCGGGAGAGACAGUGAUCGAAGCGCUAAAUAUGGAGAGGCAAAUCCAGUUUGCUGAUCAGAAGCAGGAGUUUAACAAACGUCUCACUAAGACUGGUCGUCGCUCUCUGUCCCGCUCCCUCUCCCAUUCCUCCACAGACAGCUACAGCUCAGCUGCGUCGAACACAGACAGUUCAGAGGAUGAGAUGUCUCCUAGAGACAGGCAGCAGAGGAGCUCUAAGGGACACCAAGACUUCUGCAUCAAGAACAUCAAACAGGCCGACUUCGGACGCAGGGAGAUCGAGAUUGCUGAGCAAGAGAUGCCAGCUCUGAUGGCCCUGAGAAAGAGAGCAGAGGGAGAGAAACCGCUGGUUGGAGCUAAAGUAGUGGGCUGCACUCACAUCACCGCUCAGACCGCCGUCUUGAUGGAGACUCUGUCUGUGUUGGGGGCUCAGUGUCGCUGGGCAGCCUGUAACAUCUACUCCACCCAGAACGCUGUGGCUGCAGCUCUGGCUGAGGGAGGCUUCUCUGUGUUCGCGUGGAAGGGGGAGUCGGAGGAUGAUUUUUGGUGGUGUAUUGACCGCUGUGUUAGCAUGGAGGCCUGGCAGCCCAAUAUGAUCCUGGAUGACGGGGGAGACUUGACCCACUGGAUCUUUAAGAAAUACCCCAACAUGUUCAAGAUGAUCAAGGGGAUCGUGGAGGAGAGUGUCACAGGGGUUCACAGGCUGUACCAGCUGUCCAAGGCAGGGAGACUGUGUGUCCCUGCUAUGAAUGUCAAUGACUCCAUCACUAAACAGAAGUUUGACAACCUCUACUGCUGCAGGGAGUCCAUACUGGACGGGUUGAAACGGUCUACAGAUGUGAUGUUCGGGGGAAAGCAAGUGGUGGUGUGUGGCUAUGGAGAGGUUGGUAAAGGUUGCUCUGCCGCAAUGAAGGCCAUGGGCUCAAUAGUGUACAUCACAGAGGUGGACCCCAUAUGUGCCCUGCAGGCCUGCAUGGACGGCUUCAGACUGGUCAAGCUCAAUGAGGUCAUCAGACAGGUGGACCUGGUCAUCACCUGCACGGGCAACAAGAACGUGGUGGCAAGAGAGUACCUGGACAGGAUGAAGAACGGCUGCAUCGUCUGUAACAUGGGACACUCCAACACUGAGAUAGACGUGGUGAGUCUGCGGACCCCAGAGUUGACCUGGGAGAAAGUGAGAUCACAGGUGGACCAUGUUAUCUGGCCCGAUGGCAAGAGAAUCAUCUUACUGGCUGAAGGUCGUCUGUUGAAUCUGAUCUGCUCCACGGUGCCCACCUUCGUCCUCUCCAUCACCGCCACCACACAGGCGCUGGCUCUGAUAGAGCUGUACAACGCCCCAGAGGGACGAUACAAACAAGACGUCUACCUCCUGCCCAAAAAGAUGGAUGAGUUUGUGGCCAGUCUCCACCUGCCAACGUUUGAUGCCCACCUCACAGAGCUGACUGAUGAGCAGGGCAAAUACCUGGGCCUCAGCAAGACCGGACCCUUUAAACCUAACUGCUACAGAUACUAAUCUAUGGAAGUGAAGACCAAAGAUGUACCAUACCAUCCCAAAGACAUAUGUGGCUCAGUGGGAGGGAGGACCAGGGAGACCUGGCUCAGAUGUGUGUUUGUGGGGGAACUAUAGUCCAGCACUGACGGGUAACACAACAACCAUAAUGGUCUGACUGACCUUUAACCCCUGUCCUGUGACCUCUGCUGAGCCAUCUGACCUCACUGGAGGGCGGGCCAUCGCUGGUCUGAGAGAAUUUAUAUGUUGAUAAGCUCGUUUUUUUAUGUAUAUACUGUAUUAUUGUGAACAGAAGCAGAAAUGAUCAUUUCUCACCAGAAUCAUAUCCCAAGGCCAGACUCUGUUGCCGGGUUUGGGUUUUCUAUUUGCCAUGAUUUGUAUCUAUUGUCUGAAGUGGCGGGGUUUGGAGGAGGUGUACGUUAUUUAGCAGAAUCUUACAUAGAAGAUCAAGUUGAAAUAACACAUAUGGAAUCAUGUAUGUAAGAACACAGAUUUUUUUAAAAAUAAAAUCUUACUUUCAAUCUUCCCAAAGAUAUCUAAAUAAUGUUUAACUUUCUGAAUGUAAACAAAGCAGAUAUGUAAUAACAAAUAGGUAAAAGAUUAAUAAAAUGUUACAUUUUACCAUAUUUCUUUCCUCUUUUUCAAAGAUAAAGUUGUGACCCACCUGCUAGUCAGACUAAUA